UUUUCCACAUGGUAAACAAAAGAUUGACUAAUUUACCCUUUGCUGCUUAAAACACUUUCAGAUCUCAUAGAAAGCUGAGCUAGAGUUGCAGUGGUUUAGGAUUGCCACUGAUAUUUGCUGAUACUAUCUUGGAAUCAUGAGUAUAUCACAAACUACUCCUCUCUUGUACCCCGUGAAACUGCUCCUCGUUUGUGCCAUGCUGGGCUUCCUAAGUGUGCAUUGCUUUAGUGAUGAAAAUGAACAUCAUCUUUGGCUAAAUGGAGUCAACAUAAGCCUAGCGAAAGGCAGAUGGGCCCGCUCUGUAAGCAACCCCCCGCAGCCGAUUGACUGUUUGCUUUCCAGCUGGUCAUCAUGGAGCACCUGUGACCCCUGUCAAAAGAAAAGAUACCGAUUUGCCCGUGUGGAACGGCCUUCUCAGUUCGGUGGUGAUGCAUGUGACUACGCUGACAAAGAAACAGAAGCUUGUGUUACAAAUAGUCCUUGCAGAAACAAAGUGAGAUGCGAAGGCUUUGUAUGUGCAAUUACAGGAAGAUGCAUUACACGGAGGUUGCUUUGCAAUGGAGACGAUGACUGUGGGGAUCAGUCAGAUGAAAAAAACUGUAAAAAAGUAUAUAAAAAAUGCAGCCAGCAGAUGGAGCAAUACUGGGGAAUAGAGAAUCUGGCAAGAGGGUUAAAUGUCCUUACGAACAAUCUGGAGGGUUUGGUCCUUGAUCACAGGUACUAUGCUGGUGGGUGCACUCCACAUUACAUUAAGGACACCAGGUUUAGAAAACCAUACAAUGUAGAAAACUAUUCCCCGGAGACCAAAGGCAAAUAUGAAUUUACAUUGACUGAAUAUGAAUCUUAUUCAAGUUUUGAAGAAAAUGUCUUGAGGGCAAAAGCUUCACAGAGUAGCUUCAGCAUUGGAAUAAAGAUACCAGGACUGUUUGAACUUGGUUACAAUAAUAAUGACAACAGGUUCAAGAAGUUUGUUCAAAGGACGAAAAAAUUUUCUGCAACUUCCAGCAAAUUUAUCCAUGCCCGUUCAGAGCUGGAUGUUGCCCGUUACAAACUAAAGCCUCGGACUCUGAUGCUCCAUUAUGAGUUCCUGCAGAGACUCCAUCAGCUGCCUUUAGAGUACAGCUAUGGUGAAUACAGAGAACUCUACAGAGAUUAUGGGACGCAUUACAUCACGGAAGCUACUCUUGGCGGCAUCUAUGAAUAUACUUUGAUUGUGAACAGUGACGAACUCCAAAAGGAAGGUUACUCUUUAAGUGAUAUCCAGUCCUGUGUCAAUCAUGGAUUUAAAGUUGGUGCAAAUAUCUAUGGAGUUUAUAUAAGUUUGGGAAUGUCUGUUGCUGGUUGUAACGCCGUUUUAAAGGAAAUUGGAGACAGCAUCAAACAAAAGAAAGUUGUGGAAGAUUUCAUAGCCCUUGUUCGUGGAGGAGGGAGUGAACACAUCACGACACUUGCCUACAAAGAUCUGCCAACUGCUCAGCUAAUGCAAGAGUGGGGAGAUGCAGUGCAGUACAACCCUGAAAUCAUCAAGAUUAAGGUAGAACCCCUGACUGAACUGGUGACUGCAACAGACUUUGGACAUGCAAAUACACUAAGGGAAAAUAUGAAGCGUGCCCUUGAAGAGUUCCAGCUGGAGUCCAGUUCCUGUCAGUGUGCUCCAUGCCAAGGCAAUGGAAUUGCCUUUCUGAAAGAAACUCGCUGUGAAUGUAUAUGUCCUGGAGGAUAUCACGGUGUUGCCUGUGAGAUCACAGACAGAAAAGAUGUUGCUAUAAAUGGAAUGUGGGGUUGCUGGACCAGCUGGUCUGCAUGCUCUGGAGGACAACGAAUGAGAAGAAGACAGUGCAAUAACCCUGCCCCACAAUAUGGUGGCAUGCCAUGCACAGGGCCAGAUGUUGAAACUAUUACUUGCUAAAGGAAAUUACUAAAAGUGUAUAGCAUAUAGUCUAGUAGCACUUUAUAGACUAACAAAACAUGUAGAUGGUAUCAUGAGCUUUGGUGGGCACAGCCCACUUCUUCAGAUGACGGGGUAUAUGCUUUUAAACGUAUAUUCUCGAUUAUAAACCUAAUUUUGGGGAUAAAAAAAUGAUGCAGUAAAGAGAGGAAUUUAGUUUAUGAAUGUGUCAUUGUGAUUUACCAAUUAUUUUUAACUUGGGCAGCGGAAUGGGGGGGAAGGGAAAGGGUUUGACAAACUUUAGUUUCCAGCACAGCAGGGCAAACCACAGGUGUGCCUGGACAUUUUAUGUACCUGGAGCAUCUGCAGGCAGGGAGUGUCUCAUCUCCCAGUGGCUGCUAUUCACUGGUCUGGGUCAAUGAGAGGGUGACCAGUACAUCCCUUAGCCAACACUGCUUCCCGCAGCUCCCAUUGACUGAGAACAAUGAAUUGAGGCCAAUGGGGGCUAAGAGGCUCUGUGCCAGUAAACGCUCCAGGUAAACAAAACAUCCCGACUUGCCAGCACCUUAUGCUGAUGAGCUGGGACCAGAAGUUUGCAA